AUGACAAAUGAGACCACUGUGAUGGAAUUUAUUCUCAAAGGCUUCUCAGACAUCUUUGAACUCAGGCUACUAAGCACCAUCUCUGUCCUCUUCAUCUACCUUUUUUCCCUCCUGGGGAAUAUGUCUAUCAUCGCAGCUGUGAACAGAGACAACCGCCUCCAUACCCCCAUGUAUUUCUUCUUGAAGAAUUUGUCCUUUUUGGAUAUGUGCUAUACCUCAGUCACCAUACCCAAGGCACUGAUCAACUCACUCAUGGAAUCAGGAGUCAUUUCCUUUCGGGAAUGUGUGGCUCAACUUUUCUUGUUUGUAAUGCUGUGUGCCUCUGAGUGCUUUUUGCUCACAUCUAUGGCCUAUGAUCGCUGUCUGGCCAUUCAUAAGCCCCUUCUUUAUGGGGUCAUUAUGAAUAGAAAGCUGUGUACAGAGCUUGUCAUUGUGGCCUGGUUGAGCGGAGCUCUUUAUGCCAUAUUUCACACAGUCAACACCUUUUCCCUCCUGUUCUGUGGGCCCAACAUUAUCGAUCAUUUCUUCUGUGAUAGCUCCCCUAUCAUGAGACUCUCCUGCAGUGACCCUCAUACUAAUGAGGAAGUCGGAUUUGUAGUGGGUGGGUGCAUCAUCCUGGGAGCCUUUGCCCUCACCAUAAUCUCAUACGUUAUUAUCAUCUCCACUAUUGCUCAAAUCCAUUCUGCCAAUGGGCGUUGGAAGGCCUUCUCCACUUGCUCCUCUCACCUCGCUACUGUCAUUCUGUUUUAUGUCACUGGGAGCUUUGCUUAUUUGAGGCCUGCUUCCCAUUACUCACCUACUCAAGGACGGCUAGUGUCUGUAUUUUAUUCCAUCCUCACACCUAGCUUGAACCCUGUUGUCUACUGUUUGAGAAACAGAGACAUGCAGGUGGCUCUGAUAAAGCUAUAUCGUUCAUCCAAAUAA